AUGUCAUCGACUAUUUCUAUUCAGAAGACGGGACUAGUGGCAGUAUAUCUAUUAGAUUCAUCUUGUUCUUGUGACGAACAAGUGGUGUCAUUGAAGAAACAUAUUCGGUACAUAAUUGAUUACGAUAAAACGUUCAAUACCGUUGAACCAUGUGAAGAGUUCAUACGUUCUGUCCGAUAUGAACGAAUCUUUCUAAUUGUUACUCCUGUACUAUUAACACGUGUUUUCCAAGAAAAUAUCCAUGAAAUUCGUCAUGUGCAAGAAAUUUUUGUUUUCGAUCUGCUUGGAACAAUUACGUGUAUCAAUCCUAUCAAGUGCUUAUCUUAUAAAAUUCAAGAUGUUUUCAGUUCACCUAAUGAGUUAGUACAAUGUCUAUGGGCGAGUGUCAAAGAAUAUGCGAAUAAAUCAGACGUUCGUCUUUCUUCAUUAGCAAACUGUUCGAUUGAUGCGACAACGAAUGUGAUUAACAAUUUUGCUGACCUAUCGGAAUAUUGGUAUCCGUUGUUUAUCGAUUUUCUCAUGGCAGAUUCAGUGAUGGCUGAUGACAGUACUCGUUUUAUUCAGCAAAGUCGUUUGCAUUUCUCUCGAAAUCCUGGCACUCUGAAACUAAUUGACGAUUUCGAGAAAAACCAUGGCUCUACCUUCGCACUCUCGUAUUACACACGCGAUGGUUUUGUCUACCGUAUUGUUAAUCGAGCACUUCGCCGGCAAACUAUUGAAGGUACGUUAGACCUUAGCUUUUUUCUUCGUAAAGUUCACAAAGAAUUGCAAUCUGCUUAUGCUUGGUUUGAAUCCUAUUACACAGUUGGACAAUGGAUGACCUUCUUCCGCGGCCAACGCAUGUCCGCCGAUGAACUCAAUAAACUAAAGAAAAAAUAUCACGACGGCACGUUGAUUACGACAAACAGCUACUUUUCAACCAGUCUGGCCCGUGAAAUAGCUCUUGUGUUUGCUGGUGCACCACGAACAGACGCCAUACCGAUCCUUUUUGAAAUUCGAGCACAAUUCAAAGAUCCGCAAAUCCAACGAUUGAAACCAUUUGCAUAUAUUGGCCAAUUUAGUAACUACGGAGAUGGCGAAUCGGAAGUUCUCUUCUC